AACCCCUUAAAAACCAGAGUAGACCCAGGCACGAAAAAUGACUUCCAGGCUGAUGUCUCCCUCUCUUGUAUAUCAUCUUAAGCUGUCUCCUGUCACCUCUGCCUACACUUGGCCCUCUGCCUCUUUCCUUCAGCAGGAGAAAACCGCACUAACUGGAAACUGCACAGAGGAGAAUUAAAUCACGGCCAAAGGAUAUUAGGAAUACGCAGAGACAGAGAGAGAGGGGGGAAACGGUCUGGCUGCUUGAAGAUUUGUUUCGACACCAAACUUUGGGCGACAUGGACGCGCACCGCGGCGCGCCUCCGGCCGGGCAGCAGAUCGUGCACGUCCGCGGGGACUCGCAGACGGAGCUGGAGGCCCUCUUCAGCGCCGUGAUGAACCCCAGCAAGUCGGCCAGACAGCCGUCCUCUCUGCCCAUGAGGAUGAGGAAGCUGCCGGACUCCUUCUUCAGGCAGCCGGACUCACGGGGCCACUCCAGACAAGCCAGUUCGGAUGGAGGCGUGUGCGGCUCCCUCACUCCUCAUCACGUCCGCGCCCAUUCCUCCCCUGCCUCCCUCCCAGUCAACUCCCUCUCCACUCAAGCAGCAGAUGUAGCGGCGGCACCGAUCAUACCUGACGACGUGCCACUCCCCCACGGUUGGGAAAUGGCCAAAACACCUACUGGCCAACGUUACUUCCUCAAUCACCUGGAAAAGACAACCACUUGGCACGACCCUCGACUUGCGCAGCUUCAGUCGGCUGCGUCUCAGCAUCCCAUCCCUGGCCCUCCGGUCCACGCCCACUCUCUCAGCAACCCAGCACCCACUACACAACCACAAAACAUCAAUCCAGAGACAGGUCCACUGCCUGAAGGCUGGGAGAAGGCUGUGACUGCAGAUGGAGAGGUGUACUACAUCGAUCACAUAAAUAAGACCACCUCAUGGGUCGACCCGCGUCUAGCCCAGAAGAUGAACCCCGGCAUCCUCGGCUUGGCACUGCAGCAAAGGCAGGAAAAGGAAAGGCUUAGAUGCAAACAAGGCCUCCCUCCGCAAAUCUCACAGGAGGCAGGAGGAAGGAACCAGAUGCCCGGUGGGAUGGACCAUGACAGGAACGCACAGACACUUGUCCCGUCUCUGGAUGUCAGAAUCAGAGGCUCAAACCAUGAACCCACACUAAAUGGCGCUCACUCCCGUAAUGAGAGCACUGACAGCGGUCUGAGCGUCAGCAGCUUACCCCGCACAUCGGACCACAUGUUGAGCUCUGUGGAUCACAUGGACACUGGCGACUCCAGCGAGGCCUCCUCGAUGACCUUACAGGAGUCGAUGCCUGUGCUCCCAAUGUCUGAGGGCGAGGAGCUAAUGCCCUGCAUCCCAGAGGGUCUCAGUUCAGACCUCCUGAUGGACAUGGAGACUGUUCUCUCUGGGUCGCACAUGGACAGAGACAGCCUGCUCACCUGGCUAUAGACACACCCAGCCGCCGCCCCGUCACAUCAAACCACAUCAAAUCUUCAUAACAUGACUGAGAAUUCUGGAGAAUCUUUGGUACAGAGUGACGUUACAGAGAGAUUAUGCUACUGUUGUGUGAUGGAUUCCUAACACUACUCGCACCCUGAGGAAUGAAAAAACCCUGACUCGCGCAGAAGGUGGUAAGCUGCUGGUGUUCACUCCUUUUUUUGGGCCUGGUUUUACAUAGAUGCAUGACGGAGCAUCCAUUCUGACAACACUCCUUUCUCUUUAGUCAUCGACCUCAGAUCAUCUCUGGUGAAGCGCGUCACAGUUAAUUUUAGACUACAGAUUUCUUUUAUUAUUCCCACUUGGGUAAUAGUGUUUGCUGCAAGCUUUUAAAAACAGUGUCAAGCCAAUGAACUCUGCAUGUAGCAGUUACAUGAAUGCACAAAAAGACAUGUUAAAACAGCAUGAAGGUUGAACAAACGAUAAUUAACAGAAACAAAAGAUAUUAGGAAUGGGAAUUGACAAGAUUUCCUUGAAACCAAUGCCAUUAUCCUGAUACCUGAUUGAUUUCUCUGUGAAAAAGGUCGGCUCACACAAGUUUUCAGCAUCAGCACCUCUGUUUUAUUAACAUAUCUGUCUAAGCACAGUCUAGAAACAGAGUAGAAAAAAAGCAUUAUCAUUUUGAACACAUUACAAGCAACACUGUUGUCAUCUUUGUGAAAUGAAGCCACCCUUUCCUCCCCUCCGCCAUGACUCUGUUUUGCAAGUUUACAGCUGUUAAGAUGCACAAGUUUGACGUCAUUGUUUUGCAACAGCAUCCGUCAGAAAAACAUGUCGACAUCGAUAAAAGAUACUGAUAAGCUCCAAGGCAUAUGACUCCCAAAGAUCAGACAAUUUGGAACCAGCUCUCAAUCCCCAUCCCUAAAAGGAAUACCCACAUUCCCCUUGAUUACUUCAUAUAGUUUGUGGGAUAAAGAGAAAAGAACAUCUCGUGCUGCUGUGUCUAAGCAGCCUGUAAUUUGGGAUUUUAAUGCUCAUAGUUGUCUGAAACAUGUUCCUAAAAAGCAUGAGGAUUGAGAGCGAGGGAUGAAUCAAAUAAUUUAACACUACACUGGUUCCAUAAACCAAAACAAGUCCCUCACAUUACCAGGUUACACAGAAACACCAAGGAAGGGAGGGGAGGACGCACCCUUGUGGUGAGCUAAUGAAAGGUAAAGAACACUAACAGGAGCACAGUUUGCUGUCAAACUUUAAUUUAAAAAUUCACACAAGCCAAAAAACAGUAUUAACAGCCUUGUUAGAGUCACUUAUAAGCCUGCAUGGAAUAUCUUUAAGGUUUUUAGUAAUUAAGUGGAGGAUAAGCUUUCACUGAUCACAGUGGAGACGAUCAAAUCAAAGUCUGUCAGAGGCCUUCACACUUAGAGAAAUAAAGGCUACAGGAUAAUGAACUUCAGGCACUACAACUACAAAAAAAGUGUGAUUUUAGGACGUCUGUUUACAGAAAGGAGCGCUGGAACAUAAAGUGGAUCCACAGUAAACAAGCACAUGUUCAGUAUAAUGCAAUCCGACACAACUGAGGGUUUCCCCCACAAUAAUCCUGAAGCAUCUGGUCGUCUGAUCAAUUUAGUUAAUGAAUGACAGCCUCACUAUAGUCACAUAAGAUAUAUAUAUAUAGCCGUUCCUGGGUUAAGUAGUUUUAUUUUAUGAAAGUGUGUUAACGAACACUGCAGACAAACCCGCAGCAGUGUCGCUAUAAAACACAUUUUUUAAAGUUGCUAAUAUUCAGGUUUUGUUAAUACUGUUUUUAUUGUUGUGCUGGAUUGCAUUUUAUUGCAGUGUUCCAGUCGUUUUUUCCCACUCCAGCAUUGAAUAUAAGCUUCACAAAGGUAGUAUUUAUUGGGGAUUUGUGUUACUGGAUUGCAUCAUAUUGUACAGUUGUAAUUUUAUUCUGUCCACCCCUUGUUUUAGAAAGGAUGCCACAUAGUUGCCAUCAGGGCCUGACAGUUUCUCUCCUUAGUGUGCAGCAGAUUUUAGCUCUCAUAAAACAUAAAUUAAAAAAACAUUCAAUUAAUCCCUUUUCUUACUUCUCCCAUUAUUGGCUUGAUACAUUCCUAAUAAUUUCCCCUUUUCAAAUCUGAACCGUCUCAGUCACAUUUGUAAAGUUUUAGCUCUUUAACUACAAAUUGUAUGUCCAUGCAUCUCCAAAAUCAAUAAGCAGACUCUUGAAACUUGUUUGUUGUGAAAUUUCUCAGUCUGGUUUUGUACACAUGGUAUAGUGGAUCACAGUAUCAUCAUCCUUUUCUUUAAAUAAUACACCUUAUAUAAAGAAAACUCACAACAAAAAUAUAAAUGACCAAAAAUAAAGGCCAAAAUUAAAGUCAUCUUUACAGCAGUGGUUCCCAACUGGUCCAACCCUAGGGUCGGGAUUUCUCCUUGGUUAUUAGGUCUACACAGUUUAAUAUAAUCAGAGUCAUACUUGAGUUUGGCCAUGUGGUCAAGCUAGUUUGCUGUCUCUGUCAAGUAGCUGUCCGUUAUAGCAGGAAACAGCACUUCAAAAUAAAAUCUCUGUGCUGUCAAAUUCACUUUUUUCACUGUAAAUAUAUAUAAAGUGCAUUUUUUUAUUACUAACUUGACACAUCUCCGAGUCACUUGCGGUCCAUUCAGAAUGGACCCACGACUCACUUUUAGACCAUGACCCACCAGCAGGGAACCAAUGCUUUACAGAGUAGUCUCCAGCAAAUACAGUCUUCCAUUUUAAGCCAUUAAUAAUGUGUAAAAGGGCUUAAUAUUAAGGGUUCCCACACAUUUUCAUUUACAAAAUUUUCAAGGACCCAUAUUAAAGAUUUUUUUUUAUGUCUUGCCCCACUUGCCUGGCAUUUUUAAACAUAUCAGAUUGGAACUCUAUUCAAACAUAAUUUCAGCUAGCUGGCAUAUCUGAAGGGAGAGACGAAAUGUAUGUGAUGAUAAAUGAAACACAAACAUUAAUGCAUGUAAGAGCUACAUUAUGUCGAUGGCAACAGAAAAUAAUUUUACUGUUAUCUUACAUUACAUUGAAGGUUAUUCACAGAGGAUUACUGUAACAGUGUCAUUAUACACAACAAAAUCCUUUGACUUCCAUGACUUUCCCAGGCCUGGAAAGUGUGGUUGUGAAAUUCCAUGACGUUUCCAGGUUUUUCAUGACUGUGGGAACUCUGAGUAACAGUGUUAACUCCCUUCCAUGUUAGAAUAUUUAUAAAACACUAUUUUAAGUCAGUCUUUGGUAAUUAAUUGCACAACAGAAGCAAGUUUCAAGAUCAUGCUAACAUAUUUUCAUACUGUAUGGAUUAGAUGCCUGAAACAGUAGGAAAACUUGUUCAUAUUUCUAAAGUUGCUUAAUACUCAGCAGUGACGUAAACUGUGUGUUGUAAAUACACUAAAAGAUGCUGGUAGAAUCCUUUAAAAAUAAUCCUGGUCAAUGCCCUUGAGAUAUUAGUUUGCUACCACUCUACUGAGUUAUGAUUUCCUCUGUCUGCAGCUCAGUUUUCCACUCUGAAAAAGCUGUAUUGUGAGUGGGAACCAUUAAAAUAUCAUGCUUUAAAAAUGGAUUUCAGUCAAAGGGUCAUAGCAUAAGUCAAGUAUUCUGUUCUGCCUCCUCAGAAAAAGCAACAUACUAAUUGCAGAUGCUGUGUUCUUGGUGUAUUUUGUUCUAACUGUCUAAGUGCUAUCUGGUGCUGUAAUACAGAAGGCAAUCGUCAGUAAGGGGAGCUCUUUAACUCUCCUCUUUUAGUUAAACUAUAUAAUAAGUAUAUAAUCUGUUUUUGUUUUGUUUUUGUUUUUAUCCGCUGGGUUGUUUCUGCAGUGUGUUUUUAUUUUAUCUGAAUUUGAAGCUGUUAAUUAUUGGUGAGAGCAUUUCUUGUAACCAGCUUCCUGUUUAUAUAUAUACAGUAUUUAGCGGUCAUUCACAACAUCCCCAAAUAAAGAGCCAAGUCACCCUUAUCUUCUCUAAGUUAAAGUACCACAGGCCUGGAGCGACUUACUGUCCACACACACGAUGCAACACACUACCUAGCCUUUUAUUUAUGUUAGCAUGCAUGACACCUGCUAUGUAUGUUCCAUAUAAUGAUGUUUUAUUAUCCCAUUUACAGAGAGUUUGGAGGCAAUCAGAUUUGUUUUGUACCUUUUUAUGCAUGUGCUUUAUAUAAAUAUAUUUCGUCUUACUCUCACUGUAAUCAUUUUAAAGGAGUUUCUGUUUAAUAAACUUUUAAAUACACACGGCAAGUGGUUGUUUCUACU